GAUUGGUCGACAUCGAGAGGAGUCAACCAAUUGUAAUCGAGACUCGGGCUGGCGACGAUUCAAAGUGUCGAUAGCAAACAUACAUGGUUUUGUGACAAAUUUUGAAUAUUUUACACAACUUGAACGAUAUUGGUUGUUAAAAUCUUGUUAAACAAGCAUUGAGAUGUCAUCUCGGGCAAGCACCAGAAGCUUGAUGGCCAAGUCACAGAAUACCAAAAGUGUUCUUGGCCUCAAGAAAGUUCCAAAUGAGAACCUCAACCGUCCCCCAUUGUCCAGAAAACCCAGUACUACAAAUCUCCUCCGAGACACAACCAACAAAGUUUUAGGGCUGAAAAGGAAGGCCGAGACUUCUAAUGAUGAAAAUAAGGUUACCAAGAAAAGAUCUGCUUUUGGUGACCUCACAAAUGCUUUUGAUAAGAACAAAGAAGCCAAGAAACCUCUAGCUCAAAAAGAGAGAGUCUUGAGGAAUGUCACCAACAAUGUUCUAAAGGCAAAGACUUCUAAACCUGUGUCCAGAGCUCCCUCAUUUGGAAAGACAAAGCCAAAAACAGCAACCAGAGAAGAAAAGGCUGAAACGUCCAAAAGUGAGGAAGUCAAGGAUAUUUCGUUUUGUGAGAGCCUCCUCAGCUCUCAGGAGCCCGUGCUGUCAUCGCAGGAGUCAACAAAGACAGAUGCAGAUGCCAACAAAACAGAUCUUGAUGAUUCUGCUGCUUACAUAACUGCUUCUGAAGGAAGGUACAGCACUAAAAGAGCACCAAAACGGCACAGAGCAUUGGAAUGUGGUAGUCCUCCCGUUCCCUUAAAGCUGCAGGUUGAGCUUCAGGUGCGACAGCAGCCACAGUUGCCAGAAGGCGUUGACGAUUAUGACAGGGAAAUGGAGAAUGACUUGUAUGCUGUUGCAACAUAUGCACAAGAUAUUUUCAAAUACUACAAAGAGAGGGAGGGUAAAUUCACAAUAUCCAAAUACAUAGAUACUCAGCCUGAAGUGUCCAAAAGCAUGAGAUCUAUACUUGUUGACUGGAUGGUUGAAGUUCAGGAAUCAUUUGAGCUGAACCAUGAGACCUUAUAUUUAGCUGUGAAAAUAGUUGAUCUAUACUUAUCAAGAUAUAUCAUCAAACGUGAUCAACUUCAGCUACUGGGCUCAACUGCCUUGUUUAUUGCUUGUAAAUUUGAUGAAAGAACUCCGCCGUAUGCCGACGACUUUCUUUAUAUAUGUGAUGAUGCCUAUAAGAGAAAAGAACUACUUUCCAUGGAGAUCAAAGUACUGAAGGUUGUUGGAUAUGAUUUGGGCAUCCCUCUCUCCUACAGAUUUCUCCGAAGAUAUGCCAGGUGCGCUAAAGUAAGCAUGGAAGAUUUAACGCUAACACGUUUCAUUUUGGAAAUGAGCCUAAUGGACUACGACUUGAUAGACGCCUCUGAUUCAGCCUUAGCUGCAGCUGCUCUUUUCUUUACAAGGAUUAUCAGAGGUGAUCCAACAUGGUCUCCAACACUUCAGUAUUAUUCAGGGUACUCUAUGGAGGAUUUGUACCACCUAGUGCAUCACCUCCACAAUAUGAUUUUGCAGCCACCUAAAGACCACCUUAAAACCAUCAGGAACAAGUAUUCUCACAAAGUAUUCUUUGAGGUCGCCCUAAUUCCUAUACCAGAGAAUCUAAAUAUCUGAUUUGCUUGUAUGUGGGGAGUCUGAAGGAGUUGGUGACAGAAAUCAAAUGUACAAACCUAGUUUAUUAGAUGUGAAUGAUAUUUUUGUGAGUGUAUUUGUACCGAUGCAGGACAAAGUGAAAUUUUAAAUUUACUAGUUUGAUUUUCUACAUUCUCAUUGUAAUGUGCUUGUAGAAAUUGCUCCUCUUUCUGAUUUAUGUUGGACUGCAUUGUAUGAGGUAAGUGUAGUGUGAGAUAUUUUUGAAGAUUUUUUGUAUCAAUCUUUGGUACUUAAGAAAUUUUUAAGUGUUCAUGAUGCCAUUGAAUGUUCAGUUGUAGAUACUCUGUAAAUAGAGAUAGAACUUUUAUGUAUUUUGUCUUAGGUACCCUUUCAUGAGUUAUAUACAAUGUACAGUAUGAUGAUGUUUUUAGUAUUAUAGAAUGACUAAGAGAAGCCUGAAACUUGACUAAAAGAUAAUGUCUUGUAUUUCAUAGUUUACUCAAUGGUGUCAAUACUCUUCCAAAGUUAUACACUCUUACAACAUGACAGUAUUUAUGCAUUGGCUUUAUUUUUAUCGUCUCGGGAGAUGACUUCUCUACUCAAAGGGAUAGUGCUAAUUGCAAACAAAACCAUUUACAUAGAGUUAUCUCAACACAGACAGAAUUUAUGGUAUAUUUCAUCAAUUACAAGCUGCUUAGGCAGUUUAGUUUGUCUUUAUAUCAUCCUUAUAGUUUGUACAAAUUUAAUUCAAAUGUAAAAGAUGCAUUUUUAUUCUGCUAAAUUUGACUACAGAUUUACUUCAAAAAGACUUGUGGUUAUCAUGGGGUUAUCAUUCUGACAAAGUAAUUAGUUGUAAAACCACUGCAAUAAAUUGGGUUAUUGCUGGCCGUACACUCAGAAAUAUUAAACCAUAGGAACUGAAAGAUAUCGGCUGAAUUUCAGAAAUAUUAAACCAUAGGAACUGAAAGAUAUCUGCUGAAUUUCAAAUGCUAUCUACAAAUAGAACAACUACUGUAGUUGCUAUACUCCAUCUACAACAGGAUUAUGACAAAGACUGUAGCAUACUUGUUUUUCUUAUUAGUCAACAUGUCUUAAAAUUUCAAAUGAGUAUAUUUGUUGCAUAAUUUCAUUGUGGGAUUAACUAUUUUACAGAAAAUUUGUUGCCAUAAAUUUAAAUAAAUUUUGGUUUUGUCUCAUAGUUAGUCUGUAUGAAUCAAAAUGAGCAGAAUUUGUUAAUGACCACCUUGAUGUAUUCUGGCUUAAGUAUUGUAUUACUAUCUGAUCUUGUUAUAUAACUCCAGGAAACUGCUGUGAAAACUGAGAGUAAGCAUCCUUAGCGUAUUGCAUUACUGUUUCAUCCACAUUAAAAUCUAGCUUAGAUGUAGCAUUAUUUAUUUACGUUUUUACCAUUUUGAAAUUAAUAAAAAAUGGUAAUGCCCCAUGAAGGCUGAUGUUCAUUAGUGGUGAAGCAGUUCAGUUUAAAAGUAGAUUUUUCAUGAAUUUUCAACAGCUGACUGAUGUCAGUUGCACAAGAUUUCUACUUUUUUAUGAAGCUUAAAUUAGAUGUAAUUUGUAAAUGUUUUAAGCUACACAUAAACUUUGUUGAGAAACACUAA